UGACACUCACGCGCAUGCGUCUCACUUUACUCCUCAGCCUUUGAAAACUCAGAGAGCUCAAUUAAAAGACCAUGUCCGCCAUCGGGCGUCUACAGUCCUCGGUGUCCUUAUUUAAACCAAAUUCUCCAUGAAAUAGCAUUAUCCCGUGGCCUCAACAAUGGCCAGUUCGGGUGCCGUUCAGGUGAAGCUGGAACUCGGUCAUCGUGCCCAGGUCCGAAAGAAACCCACCGUGGAAGGUUUUACGCACGACUGGAUGGUGUUUGUCCGCGGACCGGAGCACAGCAACAUUCAGCAUUUUGUGGAGAAAGUCGUGUUUCAUCUACACGAAAGUUUCCCGAGACCAAAAAGAGUGUGCAAGGAUCCACCAUAUAAAGUUGAAGAGUCUGGAUACGCUGGAUUUAUCUUGCCUAUUGAAGUUUACUUUAAAAAUAAGGAAGAACCAAAAAAAGUGCGCUUUGACUACGAUUUGUUCCUGCACUUGGAGGGCCACCCACCUGUCAAUCAUCUCCGCUGUGAAAAGCUCACAUUCAAUAACCCUACUGAAGAGUUCCGCAGGAAGCUGCUCAAGGCUGGAGGGCAACGGGAUCCUAACAAAAGAUCUUCAGAGGACUCUAAAGUAAUGGUAAUGCAGGAAGGCUCCACUUCUCUGUUCGGGCAGCAUCUAAAGCUGCCCACAUUACCCAGCAGCUCAUUAACAUUGACCUUCUCUGAUGUGAAAAAGAGCAAGUCUUUCCCAGGGUCAAAGGACGGGUCCAAAAGCACCAGUGCUCUUACAACCACAAACAAUAUUAGCAGCAGCUCCCUCAAGCUCCACAAACCGUCUAAGGACCAUAAGGACCAUAAAGACAAGCCUUCCAAAGACUCAAAGGAGUCCAAAAGUGCCUUCAGAGAUUUCAGCAAGGACUCUGGAAAACUCUCUAAAGAUUCCAAAAAACCCAAAGAGAAUCAACCAAUUCAGGAAGAUCGCACCGUUCCUCAAAUGGGAUUUAAGGAGCCCAAGACCACGUCGAAGGAGCAGCGAACAUCUGAGAUUAGCUUCUCAAGCUUGGGACAAAGUAAACGGCGGCCUGUUUUGGACAGUGAAGGCCAUGUUACCAAAAAACGAAAAAGCAGUCUUUCGGAGAGCUCGCAAAAGCAGCAAGCGUGUCCUACCUUGCUACAGCACCACCAUUCGGAUAAAAAAGUUUUGAAAGACAAGCCGCAAAUCCGGCAUAGUAGGUUACAAAACAGUGAACUUUCAGAGAAGAGAAAACCGCCAGCGUUACCGCCCUUCCAGGAUGUGUUGGACCCGAACGACUCGGACAUGGACGACAAUAUGUUCACAAGAUCAGACUCGGAUCAGCCCAGCCCGGCCAGCUCCAGCUCCAGUUCCAGUUCCGGCUUUGGACGUGCACACAAGCGACAAGUGCUGGGUCCUUUGAGGUCGGUGAUCCCAGAUUUGCACUCAGAUGAAAACGAAGAGGAUUCUGAAGAGGAGGAUGAUAAUGACAUGGACUCAGACUUAGAGCGACCGUUACACACGCAAAUGACACAUCGUCAUCGCAGGGUGAGUUUAAGUGACGGCAGUGACAGUGAAAAUAGCUCUGCCUCUUCACCACUGCCCCAUAAUGACCCCCCACCUCUACUGAAAUCUACCAAUAACCAGAUACUCGAAGUGAAGAGUCCUAUGAAACAAGCAAAGAUGGACAAAAAUAAAAACAUUGACUGUGACAAGGCGUACUUGGAUGAGCUGGUUGAGCUUCACAGAAGACUAAUGGCACUAAGGGAAAGGCACAUAUUACAGCAGAUUGUAAACCUCAUUGAAGAAACGGGGCACUUUCACAUCACAAACACAACCUUUGACUUUGACCUCUGCUCUCUGGACAAAACCACAGUUCGGAAGCUGCAAAGCUACCUGGAGACUUCCGGAUCGUCUUGAAGACUUGUGCAGCUGGCUGCCAUGAGGAGAAAAAUCACACCUCCCUUUUUGUCCUACUUUUGUUUUUCCCUCCUAAAUAGGAACUUGUAAGGCAAUGGAAAGGAUCCGCUUUCAUUUCAGAGCUCGUCUCUCGAAACGCCUCAGAAAUUGACAACAUUAUUACAUGAGUCUGGAGAUUCUUACAGUCUUCACCCAAAAAGCCUUGAUAAUCUGACAUUGCCAAAAAAAAAAAAAAAUGUUCUUGCUCCAAAACGAAAUACAUUUGUGUAUAUUGUUACUUGCGUAUGAAUGUUUGAUAGGUUCUUUGUGACGAAUGCAUGUUUCAACACUGCCUUACCACAUUGUCUAUUUAUUGAGUAUGAGUUUCAAGUGUGUGUGUGUGUAAGUGCAAAUGAUAUUAAACUUGUGCAAGCACUUGGGAACAUCAUCAUCUCAUUGGCAAUGAAACAUUUCUUAACGCUAAACAUGAAAAGGAUUUUCGUUCACUGUUUUUAUGGAUUAUAAGCAUUGUUUUUCAUGCUGUACAUCAUGUAAAACUCAGAUUAUGCUGGAUGGAGAAGACUUUUAGCCCUAAUAUUCAAUGAAUUCCACAUUGUCUGCAAAUUAUUGCUGAACAGUAAAAUGUUGCCCUGGUAAAUAGUUAAUAAUAUUAUAAUGUUUUUCAAUGUUUCAUUUGAAAGAAGGCAGGAUCCAGUGACCUCUAUCCAAAAUAUUUCUUAAUGUUGUUUCAGGAGGAAAGUGUAUUGUUAAAUCUUCUAAUGUUAUUUAUUGUUUUUGGGGAGCACAGUUCCCAAGGCUGUUCAUUGGUUGUCCCAGUGCUUUGUUAAACUGAGGAAAUCAAGAAGUAAUCAAAGUUUACUUUUCAGUUCCAUUGUAUGACUUCUUUUCUUUUUUUUUUAGUUUCAAAUUAGAUUAUUUGAUAGAGCCAGCCAUAAAUAUAGAUAAUUUGGGAGACAUGUUGGGGGUUGAGAAGGUUCAGACUGAAUAAUUGGCACUGUGUGAAGUGUAUGAAUUUAUCAGAGGAAUUUUUUUUUUUUUUUUUUUUUUUUGAUUGUUUUUGCUGAAUGAAAAUCAUGCCUUGUACACUUUGUUUCCCAGAUUCAUUUUCUCAGCCCAAAGACCUUUUAGUUUAGUUAUCAUUAUAUAAUGUUUAUAUGUGUAUAUAAACUUUAUAUGUGAUAAAAAGUGAUUAUCUUUCCUUUCUUGGAAGGCACUGACCUGCUUCCAGUUGAAAGUUCUUGAUCAUAAUAUAAAUUCAAAACAGA